CCGGAUCGCGCUGUAAACCAGAUUUAAAGGAGUUUUCCUAGAGCUUGUGGCGCCUCUAGCUUCAGAAGGUAGACAGGCUGCUUUAGCCAUUGAAAUGGACGCAAUACUGAAGUACAGUUCUGCAGAUACUGAAGAUUACUACGAGCUACUGGGAUGCGAUGAACUGUCUUCGGUCGAACAAAUUCUGGCAGAAUUUAAGAUCAGAGCUCUGGAAUGUCAUCCCGACAAGCAUCCUGAAAAUACUAAAGCUGUGGAAACUUUUCAGAAACUGCAGAAAGCAAAGGAAGUUCUGACGAACGAAGAGAGUCGAGCCCGCUAUGACCACUGGCGAAGGAGCCAGAUAGCCAUGCCAUUCCAACAGUGGGAAGCUUUAAGUGACUCAGUGAAAACGUCAAUGCACUGGGCUGUCAGAGGUAAAAAAGAUCUUAUGCUGGAAGAAUCUGACCAGACUCACACCAACAAGAUUGAAAAUGAAGAAUGGAAUGAGCAAAGACAAGUCAAGAAAGAGGAUCUGAGUGUGAGCACAGAGAAAACGGAGCCAAUAGAAUCCCAGUCUCUGGAGAAGUCAUCAUCCUCACAAAAUCCAGAUUCCCCAAGCUUUUCGGAUGUGAAUUGCUGGCAUCUUCGCUUCCGUUGGUCUGGGGAUGCUCCCUCAGAGCUCCUAAGAAAAUUCAGAAACUACGAAAUAUGAACUGUCCUUGCUUCAUAGGAAAGAAAAACAACAAGACCAUCUCCUGUGCUAACCAAAGUCUCUGUUCAAAUCUUUAAAAUGUCUGUUCAUAUAUAGUGUUUGUCAGUCACUGAGUACAAAUUAAUCGCACCGAACUUGAACCUAUCCUUACACUGGUUUUCAAAUGAGGAAAGUUUAGAAUAGUUUCUUUCAACAUUUGAAUAAAUGAAGGCUCUUAGACUCAGA